AUGAAAAAACUGAGUACUAUUGAGCAAGUUGAGCGUAAACAUCUAGGAGAAGCUAUUAAUUUGGUAAAAUUAAAAAUUACUAACUUGUUAGAAGCGAAACAAUUAGCGUUAGAGGAUAAUGAAUUAGCAAAACGUUUUAUUGAAGAAAAAAUAGAUUUAACAAUUCCAGCAAGGACAUAUAAGCAAGGAAGUAUACACCCUAUUACCCAAGUUACUGAAGAAUUAAUUCAAAUCUUCGCAAAAUUUGGCCUCAACGUACAAGGUGGUCCCACUAUAGAAAAUGAUUGGAGCAAUCUCAAAGUUGUAUUAGCCAAGAUCGGUUGUGAAAUUCCCAAGGGUAAAGUUAAGAUAAAGGAAUCUAUAAUACGUGGAGAAAAAAGCUGCGGUAUGCUUUGUUCUGCAGGAGAAUUAUUAGUUGGAGCUGAUUCUGAAGGUAUUAUCGAACUGCCUGACUCGGCAGAAAUAGGAGAGUCCUUUAUAAAAUAUUAUGGGUUAGAUGAUCCAGUAAUCAAUAUUAAUGUUACUCCCAAUCGCGGGGAUGCCCUUGGGGUUUAUGGUAUAGCUAGAGAUUUAGCAACUAGAGGAAUAGGUAGGCUAAAAACAUUAACCCCACCAAUAAUUAAAGAGGAAUUUCAAUCUGAGCUUAAUUUAAAGAUACAAGAUAAAGCAGCGGUUCGGUUAUUUUGUAUCAGAGAAAUAAGGAAUUUACGCAAUAAAGCGAGUCCAGAGUGGUUAAGAUGUUUACUAGAAAAUAUAGGAGUAAAACCGGUUUCAGCUAUAGUAGAUGUCACUAAUUACAUAUUAUACAGCUUUGGUCAGCCAAUGCAUGUAUAUGACAAAAGUAAUUUCUUCAAUAAUAUCUUCUUUGAUAUUAAUAUCAUGCCGCCACGAGGGUACUAAAAUUUUUAUUAUAUCGUUAGUUUCUAAUACUUUGCUAUCUUCAUUAGAUCUCUUGCCUAAUUUUGCUUCUGCAAAAGGUCUAUUCGCGAUAAUGAAACCCAAACUUUCUAAUAUACUACAAAUUUUUAAUAGGCUUAGUUCCAUACCAGUUAUUUUAGCUAAACUACUUAUAGGAAAUUCUAAAGAUUUUUUAAUAGGGUCAAUAUUACCUUCACAUAUCACCUGCGAAAUUUCCCCACCGCAAAUAGAUACGAUCAUUUCAGUGGCAAUAUUUAAGGCAUUUAUCGUAAACCCCUGGUCUAUAUUACGUUCAAAACGGUAACGGGAUUCAGUGUCAAUCUGUAAUCGCCUACCAAUUUUAGUAACGUAGCUAGGAGCAAAACAGGCGGCUUCUAAAACGAUAUUGUUAGUGCUUAUGUGACGGCGACCGUGGU